UGAGUUUUGAACUUGAGCCAAAACUCUCAAGCUUUGUAAAUAUAUGUUGGUUAUGUGUCUAUUCAGAAUGACUUAUGAGCAGCAGCCUUUUUAUUUUGGGUAGGCUAUGUCAUGUGCAUUACUUGCCAAAAUUGGGGCUGUCUGGUUAACUCAUAAAUAUGUACCAUGGGAUUUUUAUUUUACAAACAUCAGUGUUAUAUAUAUUUUUUUCUUCGGAAGCAGGCGAGAUAAAGGUGCAAGUUUCCAGAGCUGUUUGGCGAAAUCAAAGCGCCAGAGUGGGCGGAGUUUACCCAGUCUAGAACGAUCUAGAAUCUGUGGGGGAAAAAAGCGCGAAAGAGGCAGCAGCACUUGAAUUUCUGACUCGUCGUCAGUGACAGACAAGUUCCGUUAAUUCUCAAAUCUAAGUUUCUUUACACACGGCUUUGUCUUGUAUUUAUUUUGUUUUCGUCUUUGUGUUGAUUUCUUUAACUUUUUGCCUGAGAGGAAUUCAGCGACAACGUUUCCGUGAGAGCUCCGACGGAGACGUCUUCGCAGCCGUUAACGUUAAGCUCCGUUAAUAACAGACUAUUACUCAAAUUUACGUUUCUUUAUACACGGAUUUGUCUUGUGGUUGUAAAGUUAUUUAUUUUGUUUUCGUCUUUGUGUUGAUAUCUUUCACUUUUUGCCUGAGAGGAAUUCAGCGAAAACGUUUCCGUGAGAGCUCCGACGGAGACGUUUUCACAGGCUUUAACGUUAAUGUAUUUUUCCCACCCGUGGCCUCUGCCGGAGUUUCCAUCUUGGAAUCGCGGAUCCUUCACAGACUGCUUAUCGGGACUUCCAGAAAAUCAAAGAAUGAGUAAUGGACUCCAUUGAGAAGGCAAUACAGGCCGUGCUACCACAGCUAGAUGAAGCAAAGCUUGAAACUUUAGUCAAUGAGUUGGUGAAAGUAGGUGUUGAAGGACCAGAUGAUCUGCAGUUUAUUCAAGAAGAUGACAUCAAACAUCUGCUCACACCCAUUCAGUGCAGAAAAAUUAUUCAUUCCUUGAAAGUGUGUAAUGCAGGUCCUUCAAAUCCCCAGCUGAGCCCUUCAUCGUCUGAGCCACUGUCAGUUGCCUAUUCCAGCACAUGCCCCAUAUCAUCUAUAAGUCCCAUCUCUGCAUGGGUGAACAGUUUUGAGGUGCCAUGGAACAAAGUGAGGCUGACUCUUAGAAGAGCAGUAGAUGCUGGUGAGAGGCCAGCUCCGGAUGACCGCAGACACUUGAUAAAAGUCACUGUUGAUGCGAUGAGAGAGCGUUCCUUGAACCCUACUCGCAGAGAGUGUGUGGUAGUGGCUAAAGCUAUAACUCAAAAAUAUCCAAAUAGCUUUUUAGACAAAAAUGAAGAGGGGGAGCUAAUUGGAUGUGGGUAUUUCAGCAUUAUAAAUCAGCUCAAAACCAGAGUAGAAUAUUUGAAUCGAGGCAACUCUCUUUCCCGUCUGAGGAAGCACAAACGCACCCAGAGAGAUGAUGAGGAUGGUGAUGAUGACCAGCCAGCAGUAGCUACAUGUGCAAGAAUCGACAGUUAUGGGUGUGUUCGUUGGCAGCCAGCGGACUAUCCAGAUGGGGAAACAUCAGCAUCAUUAGAGGAAAAGAAGCUUGAGAUGAUUGAUAUAUUCAGCCGAGAGGGACUAAAGGGCGCUGAGAGAGGAAGGGUAGAAGACCUAAUGGCAAUCACUUAUGCCAAACAGCGGGAAUACAUCAACGCAAAGCCUUCCCCAAGCAUUCUGGAUGUGGGUAAAGAGUGGCCAUUUCUCUUUUCACAGAAGUUUUUAUUGUCACACUUCACCACUCUCACCAAUGUUGAACUAUACACAAGACUGAAUGAAGAUAUGGACAAAAAGGGUAAAAGACUCCUGGAUUUCUUCAGUAGUCAGAUUACAAAGUGGAGGAAAGAAGUAAGAGCUGUUCUGAAGGAAGCCAUAAAGAAGGACCGAGAAGGAUCUGAUGGCCUAGCAGCGAUGCUUGUGAUGUUGGCACACUUCAAAGAGCAAGAGGAGUCAAUUUUUCUCAUUGCUGAUGAGACUACCACUCCCGCAGACGCAGAGGCCCAGCUGUCUCUCCCAGUCACUCCAAGGAUCAUCAUGCUCGGUAAGUUUCACAUUCAAUGUUAACGAAUCCUUUGAAUGUAUAGGGCACAAGCAAAGCAAAGUUUCUGGAAAACACUAGUGAAUGUGUGUUGUGUCAUUCUCUGCUUCUGCACCAGUCAGUAACAGCACAGUCACUCCAAAACUUAAGUUAUGUGGAGUAAUCUCUCAUCUUUAGUAGC